AGCUGUCAUGUGUACACCUGUGUAUGGCUAUACACACGUUAGGCGGAUUUUUCUCGUGGUGCAGUUGUCGCUGAACGCGACACGUCUGCAUGUGCCUAAGCGUAGUAAGCCUGUCAUUGGCUAACUAGUUAGCAAAAUCUGUGUACCGUUGUUAAAUUUAAUUAAGGUAUUCGGAAAUGUAGUAUAUAUGUGUUGUAUUUACAUAUUUACGAAGAAAACAAAUGUCACUAUAAGCAUUUUCAGAAGUAGCAUUUCUGCCACGUUUGCGGUUUCCAGGAAUGAUUGCUAAUCAGUACCAAUCCAAAAACAGACUACAUAAGAAUCUCCUAAGAUGUGAAUGCCUUUAACCACAACUGCUUCUGACAUUUCUAGGAACGUCAUGAAAUGGGGAACUGAAUCAACAUUAACAAAGAGUACCAUCGCCUGAAAAUAGCUGAGGUUUCUCAUGUGACUCUGGAGUAAGAGCCCAAAACUGGGUUUACCUGCAGUGACUACGCAGAGCUGACGUGGUUCCAGAGAGGGGACAGAGAAAUACCAUUGCGGUGACGUAGUGAUUUUAGUGUUUUGUAGGAGAUGCCUUCCAAUAAGUCUGUGUCGGACGCCCCAAUCACCCAAUUUGUCAACUGCAGGAUACUUAGAGAGCACAAACUGCAGAGAGAGGACCUCUGGGUAAGAGAGGGGAAGAUCCUUGACCCAGAGAAGCUGUUUUUCGAUGAGAAAGGAUCUGCAGAUCAACGUGUUGACUGUGAAGGCCUCAUUAUCGCUCCUGGGUUUAUCGAUGUUCAGAUCAACGGAGGAUAUGGCAUCGACUUCUCUCAAGCAACCGAUGAUGUCAGAGGAGGCAUUGCUCUAGUGGCCAAAAAAAUCCUUGAGCAUGGUGUCACUUCUUUUUUACCCACUCUAGUCACCUCCCCUCCAGACAUCUAUCACAAGGUUUUGCCUGAGGUUAAAGUUCACAGUGGUGGAAUGGAGGGAGCUGGAGUUCUGGGGUUUCAUCUAGAAGGUCCCUUCAUCAGUUUAGAGAAGAAGGGAGCCCAUCCAGAGCAGCACUUGCGCUCCUUCCUGUCGGACGGCAUGUCGGACCUGAUUGAGACUUAUGGGACCUUGGAUAAUGUUGCUAUGGUGACGUUGGCCCCCGAGCUACCCAAUAGUCAGUCAGUGGUCAGAGAACUCACUCAGAGGGGCAUCACUGUGUCUCUAGGACACUCUGUAGCCAACUUAUCCCAAGCAGAGGACGCAGUACGGUACGGAGCUUCGUUCAUCACGCAUCUCUUCAACGCAAUGCUUCCAUUCCACCAUCGUGAUCCGGGUAUUGUGGGUCUUCUAACCAGUGACCAAGUUCCCCAAGGCAGGACUGUUUUCUAUGGAAUGAUUGCUGAUGGCAUCCACACCAACCCUGCUGCUCUGCGUAUCGCCCACAGAGCACACCCAACAGGUCUGGUGUUGGUGACUGAUGCCAUUGCAGCAAUGGGUCUCCCUCCUGGCCGCCACACAUUGGGCCAGCAAGUCAUUGAAAUUCAAGGGCUCCAUGCUUAUGUAGCAGGCACCAAGACUCUCUGUGGCAGUAUAGCUACAAUGGACAUGUGUGUCAGGCACUUCAAACAGGCUUCAGGCUGCCGUGUGGAAGAAGCUCUGGAGGCUGCAUCGCUCCACCCAGCCCAGCUCCUGGGCAUCAGCCAUGCCAAAGGCAUCCUGGACUAUGGUGGAGACGCAGAUCUCGUUCUGCUUGACGACGCUCUCAAUGUCAGAGCUACCUACAUCGCUGGCCAGGAAGUGUGGAGGAAAUUGCAUCAUCAUAAUUGUUAAAUCCCACAGCUGCCCACACACCUUGUCAAAAUACUCCUGCCCCAAAUGGCACUCUAUUUCAUAAAUAGUGCCCUACUAUAGACCAGAACAGAGGGGAUGGGGUGCCAUUUGGGAUGCACGUCUUCCCUGGCUGCAUUGACAAUCACAGAGGUUAUCGUCUUUCAGUCAAUAAGAAGAAUCUGUGUAAUUACAAACAUUUAACCACUAUAUGAAUAAAAUGGAGCCACUUUUCCAGUGCUACAGAAUAUGGUGUUCUGUUUAAAAGAAGGAAUGGAAGGUAUACUUGUUGAAAUGGAUUUAAAAACAUGGAUAAGUGUCUCUGUUUGCACAUUUUUACACAAAUUUUAAACACAUCUACAACAGAAAAACAGAUACUAGAUAAAGACAACUUGAGUGACCAUAUACAUUUAUAUUUUUUAACUGAAAAAGCUACACCCAAUCCAACUGUGUAAAUAGGUAAUUGCCUCUUUAAACUCAAUAACUGCUUCUGACAUUUUUAGUAGUUGCAAUAACUGAAAUCAAUGGUCCGUGUCUCAUGGCUUUAGAGGAAUUUUGACUUACCUUUCCAUGCUGAACUGUUUUAACAUGGCAACAUUUGUGGGUUUUAGAGAAUCAACUGAAUUGUCCAAGUCCUGAAGCCCACAUCCCUUUGGCUUUCUGAACCAAUGGGAAGUCCUGACACAGCAAAGAAUCACCAAAUCAUCAUACAACCACCACCAUGCUAGAACAUUGGUGCAAACAUUUUGAAUGAAGACUAAAGUGUUUGGAUUUUGCCAGACAUUACCAGACUCAUGUUAUCCUAAAGGUAGAGUUAAGUUUGCCAAAACACACAUGCAAGUAUCUACUAAAAGUUCUUAAAACUGUAGAAUUGGAAUGGACAAGAAAAUUCAAAUGUAUCAUUUUGAGUGGACAUGGGUCAGAUUCUUUGUGGCCACCAUUCCCAUCAAAGUUGCCCAUUCACAGAUUUGACUUUCACAACUUCAGUUCUAGCAUUACUUAUGAUGUAGACUAAUUGUGGUUCCAAGAAUUGUUUGUGAAUAUUCAGUAGAUUAUAUAUAUACAAUAUAUAGAAAUUUCAAUUUAAUUAUCUUAAGAUAAGUAAAAUUGGUCUGCAGUUGUAGACACCUUCAUAAAUUUGAAACAUGAAGGUUAAAGUAGGCACAUAUUAAAUAUUCUGACUGUAAGUUAUCUAGCCUAGAGCUGGAAGCUCAUGCAACCUGAAUGUUCAACCUACUCUCACAAUGAAACCUACUAAUAGGGCAUUUGUUGCCUGGCAUUGGGCUGCUCUAGGCUAGACCACUUUGUGAUGCAGAUGUAUAUUUGAUCUUAAUGGAUCAGAGCUCUGUAGUUGUGGGUGUCUCAGCACAAAGCUUGCCCGUGGCCCAGUUAUUUUGCUAAAACCAUUUCCAGCCCAGCUGUAAAACAGCAGUAAAACUUUCAACAGCAUAGAAAAAACAACAUGUCAACAGUUAAAAAUACAUUAUAUUGUUCAAAGCAUUAUUUUAAAAUAUAUGUCACUCAUCCUAAUGACUUUAAUGAAUAAAGAUACAUUUGGCAAUUCUUCCUCAAAUGUAUCCUAAAAUGCAUUUGUAGGAAUAGUUUUUCUUAAUAUACCUAAAAUACACUGCUCAAAAGAAUUAAGGGAACACUGAAAUACCAUAUCAGGUCUUGAUGAAUGAAAUGUAUUAAAGUUCAAAAUCCUUACUGUAGGUAGCGCCCCUAUCCCACGUUUAAGCUAAUAAGGGUUGGCCCGGAGAUCUUUUAACCAAUCUUUUUAUUAUUCCCAAUUACCCUAACAAAAUUGUGGGUAUUCACAAUGUUUUUAUUUUAGUCUCUAUAGAGUCAAUUAUCUUUUGAAUCCUUACACAUUAAAAACAAAUGAAGAAAUGAUUUCAAGGAAAUAUGAUUUUGACUAUUUAGAUUGUUAUUCACGUUUAAAUAUAUGACAUUUCAAGCAGCAUUAGCAAUAAACACUCAGUUGAAACAGUUAUCAAUUGUCUACUUGUUUUGUAUUAUAGACUCUAUAUAUAAAACAAGCUUCCACAAAACAAAGAAUGCAAUGUUUACCCAAAAGCAACUUAUCUCACAAGCACAUGCAGUACUGUAGACUGGCAAAUGUAAAAUCACGUUGUAGGCCCGCUACGGUGCUUGCAUACAUUGAGACCAAAACUGUUGGGUCACUUCACUCCUAUGGGCAAAUAAAAUGAACAAUCCAGUA